CCUUCGCUGCUUCUUCCGUGACCCACUCGCGCUCCUCCUCCCUCGCGAUCUCCCGAUCCCACUACUCCCUGUUCUGUGGCUCUAAAUUCCCAAUUCCAACCCUAAUUUUCCUCCUCGGGAUCGGCGGGGAGAUUCGGAGAUCGAGCUCCGAAGACAGAGGAGGAGGACACGGCGGGCGCCGGGAAGAUGACGCGGCGCUGCUCCCACUGCAGCCACAAUGGCCACAACUCCCGGACGUGCCCUAACCGUGGCGUCAAGCUCUUCGGGGUGCGGCUCACCGAUGGAUCCGUCCGGAAGAGCGCCAGCAUGGGGAACCUCUCCCUCCUUGCCGGAUCCAGCGGCGGCGCGUCGCCCGAGCCCGGAGGCGGCGCCGCGGCGGACGGAUACGCGUCGGAGGAUUUCGUCAAGGGGUCGUCUUCCAGCUGCCGCGAGCGAAAGAAGGGUACUCCAUGGACUGAAGAGGAGCAUAGAAUGUUUUUACUUGGUUUGCAGAAGCUUGGCAAAGGUGAUUGGCGUGGCAUAUCACGUAACUAUGUGGUAUCAAGGACACCGACUCAAGUAGCCAGCCAUGCACAGAAGUAUUUUAUUCGUAAAGCCAAUAUGACAAGAAGAAAGAGAAGAUCAAGCCUCUUUGAUAUGGUUCCUGAUGAGUCCCUUGAAUUUGAGCAGUUUCCAGUGAAUUUCAAAGACUCAGAAACACAAAUUAAGAAUCUACCUUUGAUACCUCCAACUCUGAAUGAGGAAUGUGAAUCCAUGGACUCUAAUGACUCAAUGACCGGAGAAGCAGGUGCCCCACAGCCAGAAGCUCCACAGUGCAGUUAUCCUGUGAUACUUCCAGCUUAUUAUUCACCAUUUCUACAAUUUUCAUACCCUUAUUGGUCGGGAUACAAAGCAGAUGCUUCAGAGCAGCAGACACAUGAAAUUAUUAAGCCAACAGCAGUACAUUCAAAGAACCCCAUAAAUGUUGAUGAGCUUGUGGGUAUGUCCAAACUGAGUAUAGGAGAGUCUGGUGGAGAAACCACAUCUUCACUGGACUUACUUGGAGGGUCGAGGAGGCAAUCUGCUUUUCAUGCUAAUCCAUCCACAAAGGCUCAGGCAUGAUCCAACUAUCCAGAUGGUCAACAAGUCCAGCUUAUAUUCAUACUGCUCUGGCAUAUUAGCACUUUAUCGGAUGGCUAUAGCUCUGCCUAUUUUUCUAGUAAGUAAGUAUAUAUAUCUACAGUUUUUGGUUUAAGACUUCAAUAAUUGGCAUAAUGGUUUAUAUCAUUGGCAAAAGUUCUAUUAAUUGCCUGUAGAGGAUAAGAGACGAGUAAAAUGAGUAACUUUAUGAGUACAUUGGUCCAUGAAUCACUUGAUAUAUUCUUGCAGGAUUACUGUGCAACUGAUAACAUAAAAUUCAAAUGUUUGGAAAUUUUGUGAUUUUUAAGGGCAGUUGUUUCUAGUGUUCCAUGAGAUCGAUAUAUAAUUUCCUUCCUGUUACAUCCAUGAUGUUCUGAGCAUGUUUACCUUGACCUAAUUAAGGUGCUCUGCUGUUGCGAGUGCUAUCAUGGGCUCCAGAAGGCCUUGAUCUUCGAGUCAGCAAACAUUUGGAUCCAUGUGUGUCUAGUCGUCUGCUACUGAUAACCAUAUCAGCCACUCGAUAGCUCUUAGGGUUAAUAAUGUACAGCUUCAAGUGCUUAAAGUAGAUAUUCAAAGGGAGGUCAAUGCAAGGCACUCGACAAACUUGGAAGAUCAAGUUAUAUGUACAAUAUUCUUUAACAAUAUGCUAGCAUAUCAGAUGCAUCGUUGAGCGGUUGUCAUCAUUGUCAAAUAUCAAUAUUCAGCUGAGCGGAAUCUCAUAUUUUGUGCUGAAGACAGUCGUUAGCAGUAUCAAAAUGCAGGUUUUUUUUACUCAUUCA